CCCGAGCCGGCCCCGGCGCGGCCGCAGCAUGUGACCGGCGGGGUGGGGAACGGGGCUGACCCAGCGGCAUGUGCCCGGCUGCCGGGCUCCAGCGGGGCAUUUAAAUGGCAGCGCCCGCCGGGCCUGCAGCAGAGCUCGGCCCUCUCCGCGCCCGGCACCAUGAGAUCCUCGCUGGCUCCCGGCAUCCGCCUCAUCCGGGCUCUGCCCCGGGAGAGCUGGUAUCGGGGGCUAACGCUUGUGCUGACCUUCCUGUUUUAUGCCAGUUUCCAUCUCUCUCGCAAACCCAUUAGCAUUGUGAAGAGCGAGCUGCACACCAACUGCACUUCUCCAGGAAUGAUUCCCCCCAAUGGCACCAACAGCACCACGUGGUGUGACUGGGCUCCCUUUGAUCAGGCUAACUACAAAGAGCUCUUUGGUGCCCUGGACAAUGCCUUCUUGGUUGCCUAUGCCAUUGGAAUGUUUAUCAGCGGCAUCUUUGGUGAGCGCCUCCCACUGCGCUAUUACCUGUCGGGAGGGAUGGUGCUGAGUGGACUGUUCACUUCCUUGUUUGGCCUGGCCUACUUCUGGGAAAUCCACGUUCUCUGGUACUACAUCCUCAUCCAGAUCUGCAAUGGUUUGGUGCAGACGACUGGCUGGCCAUCCGUGGUGACGUGCGUUGGGAACUGGUUCGGAAAGGGGAAGAGAGGGCUGAUCAUGGGCAUCUGGAAUUCCCAUACCUCGGUAGGAAACAUUCUGGGGUCCCUGAUCGCUGGAGUGUGGGUUUCGUCAACCUGGGGCCUGUCUUUCAUCGUGCCUGGGAUCAUCAUUGCAGUCAUGGGAAUCGUCUGCUUCUUGUUCCUCGUUGAAUAUCCUGAAGACGUUGAUUGUAACCCACCUCUACACCAUACGGAAUCGGAAGAAUCGGAGGAGAAAGACCCUGAAGUGACGCUCUCCACUGAUGAUGGGAGCUGUAGCCGAGAGAACACUGAUUCUUCAGAGUAUCCCAAAGAACCAGCCGAGCAGCCAGAAGCCAUCAGCUUCUUAGGAGCCCUCCGGAUACCUGGUGUGGUGGAGUUCUCCUUAUGCCUGCUGUUUGCAAAGCUGGUCAGUUACACUUUCCUCUACUGGCUGCCUCUCUACAUUGUGAAUGUUGCUCACUUCGGCGCUAAGGAGGCUGGGGACCUGUCCACGCUCUUUGAUGUUGGCGGCAUCCUAGGAGGCAUUCUGGCUGGUCUCAUAUCGGACUACACUGGCGGCAGGGCCACCACGUGCUGUGUGAUGCUGAUAGUGGCUGCUCCUAUGCUAUUCCUGUACAAUCACGUUGGCCAGAAUGGAAUAGGCAGUUCAGUAGCUAUGCUAAUUAUAUGUGGUGCCCUGGUGAAUGGGCCUUAUGCUCUCAUUACGACAGCGGUUUCAGCUGACUUGGGAACUCACGAGUGUCUCAAAGGAAAUGCAAAAGCCCUGUCCACUGUUACAGCCAUAAUUGAUGGGACUGGAUCUAUAGGUGCUGCUCUGGGCCCCCUGCUGGCAGGGCUGAUCUCUCCCACUGGCUGGAACAAUGUCUUCUACAUGCUAAUAACAGCGGACAUCUUGGCCUGCCUGUUCCUUUCCCGGGUGGUGUAUAAAGAGAUUCGAGGAUGGUGUGGCUGCUACACAAGAAAAAGAGGGUAUGUGCUUCUAAAAUCCCAAGUUUGUCGUGUAUUCCUAUGACUGUUCUCAGAUCUCCUGUAACACUGGCAGAGAAGCCCCCACUUCCAGCGGUGUGUCCUGACCUGGCAAAAUAUGCAGGUAUGGUACAUGCUGAGUGCACAUAGGAGUUUUAGAUAUAAAGUAGGUGCCCUUGAAAAGGGAAACAUACUGUACUUGGGUAAUUUAUCUCUACUGCUGCAUUCCCUGAAUUUAGAAUGGGAAGCACCCCAAAUGCUGCUAUAAAUGUUUUGUCUUUGUCCAGUCUUUGAUGGAACCCCCUGUACAAUGAAUGCCUCCCCACCCCCUAUCCUAUCCCCCAAGCAUGCCCAAAGGGACACCUAGAGCCUGGGCCACAGAAGAACCCAGGGAGCGUUAUGACUGUUCUAAUGACCCAAGAGUUCUACCUCCAGCCCUGCAAAACCCUAUUAAUGUGUUCUAAAUGAAUUGUCCUUGUGUGUCUUCUUAGCUCUUCUGUGGCACUAACACAUGCAGUAGUGUUGGAUGGGAAAUAGUUUGUAUUGUGAGUAUCUCUGGUAUUUUGCUGCUGCCGCUAAUUCCAUCUGCGAUUUAUCCUGAUUUUUCUUGCUUGGCAUUUGUGGGGUAAACAUGAAGGUGUCUGUUCCGUGGCUAACUAAAGAAGAGCAGAGACCCAAGGCACAGUAGUCCUACAACAACAGACUUCUAAGGGAACAGCUUCCAAAGACGGGAUCCAAUAUGUCCAUCUCCAAUGCCUGACUGGGACAGCGGCACGUGCUGUGCUCUGGGUCAUAUUGCAGAGUAGUGGGGCUAACUGACCAGAAUACGGUCUUGAAAUGUCCAAACGCACACUGAUCUGGACACCAAAUUUUUAGUCCUAGAGUAUAAGGCCAGAAAGGACCAUCCGAUCAUCUUGUCUGACCACCAACUAGUGUGUUAAACUAACAAACUACAAGUGGCAAAGUACAUAGCCCCACUGCUCCUGUAACCUUGCCAGUGAAUCUGAUGAUAAAAAUAUAAAUGUAAUGAUGUACCAAUCAAAGUAAUUUCCAAGCCUGUGUAAAAUGAAGGUAAUAAUCAUGUGUUUGAAUCAGUAUUGUCAUAAAAAUACUCUUGUCCUGGAGUCAAAACAAAUUGACGAGAUUGUAGACUGCAUUUCUCAGAGGCCAUCUUUGCUUUUGAACUGACAAUCCCAGGGCAGCUCGUGGUGGUGUAGGGCUGCGCUUUGCCAAGGUGUGUUCCUGCCGUGCUCUCAGGAGCCUGGUACACUAUAUCUUGAUUAUGUUUACAGGUAAACAGCUUUUUUGGUAGCCAUGUUCUGGGCCCCUGUGUUACGGUAAGUCUGGCCCAAGUCUCCUCCUCAGCCCUCGUGCAGGGUAAUAAGACUCCUGCUUUCAUGUCUCGGCUACCUUCUCACAAAGGGCCCAGUUCUAGCUUCUCCAACCUGCACGAGCUCCCUUUGGAGUGAUGGGAGUGACGUGUGCCGGCAGAAAUGGGCCCCAGGGAGAAUGUGCUGCGAGCAGCUCUGGCUUUGGGAAUGUGCCACUCUGCGCUUGCUGGGUCCACCAAAGGGUGGCAAACCUGCUUCCUUUAUGUUGGUCAGUCAGGGUGAUGCUUCAGGCUCUGUUUAGAGCCCUUUGGUCCAGUCUGAUCCCUUGGGAAGGGAAUAUGGUGGGCUCAGCCAGCUAAUGGCAGCUGGACCUCAAUUUAUAUCUGGCUGGUUCUGCCUUCUUGAGAGAGUCUCCUCACUAGCAGCCUGGAAAAGUAGGGCUAUAGCCAGGGUGCCUCUUGCUGCAUUUUAUGAGACAAGGUUCCCUUUCUUUGGGGCUUGUGAGGCUGGGAGAACUGGGCCAGAAAGCUGUGGGUUCAAGUCUCUGCAGUGUGAUUCUGGCUCAUCCUCAGGGACGUGGGCAUUGCAACACCUAACUUUUAGGCACCUAGAAACCCCUGGAACAAAAACCGGAUCCACAAAGCCUGAGUUAGGUGCUAGUUUCCCUAUGCAAUGAAUGGGGUGGGGGGAGGCGCCUAAGAAUGGGACCAACAAAAGCCAGCCUCUCCUCCUCUGGAUGUGGCCUGACAGUAACAUCUCGUCCACCAGCCUUUGGUGGCUGGGCUAGGAAGUGGGAACAGUCAGUUCUGUCCCCAAAUUCCCUCUCAGCAGAAGGUUCUAAUGUCUAAAACUGAGGCCCAUGUGGUCACUGAGGGCUGCCUCGCUGUCUGCAUAGUCACUGCAGUGCUGGUGUCUCCUUAUGUUGGGACCCCCAGCCUCUGGAAGGUGCUGCAGCCACCUCAGCCCCUGGGUGGUCCUUGCGUGUCCCUCUUGGGAUGUUUCUUAGACUCUCACCAUUGAGAAUCAAAUUAACAGCUGUGAGCUGCUCUCUGGGACACGCACUAGGCUCUUGCGUUAGCAGGAACCAAAAUGGGGGUGGUAUCUCUGCUGCCUUCUCACCUGCUUGCUCCCGUUUCUCCUUCGGCUCUUUCCCUUGCACCAGGCUCCGUGGCUCUAAAACUCGGCAGGUGAGGUGAGCUGGGUGAGGGCCAUGCAAAGGGGCAGGAUGCAAGUCCUAGUGACUUGGCUUUGGAUUCUGGCACACUGCAGUUCUUGAACAAUCUCCAUCGGAGCAAAGUUCCAUCUAUCCCUGACUGGAUCUGAGCACCUGGGAAGCGGUGGCUAUUAAGGCUUAAAAGUGCUUCGGAAGCGUAUUGAAUGUAAUUAAACCCAUGAAAAUAAACUGUUCCUUGGCAGGCGCCUGCCUGGCCACCCUCCGUGGGCUGUGCUCUAAUCGUGGUUCUUGUUC